AUAAUAAAAACUAAAAAUGGCCGAUAUGGAAGACGACCAAUCCCAACAGUCCCUCGAAGCUGAAGGCGAAGACAUCGAGAACGAAGAUCAGUAUGAAGACGAUGGCUUCAUCGACGACAGGUCCUUCGACGAAAGAGGAAGAAACGCAGAAGGAAGAGAGAAGAGGAAGAAGAAGAUCAAUGAAAACAAGCAAGGAUCUGGCAAGAGGAAGAGGAUUAAGAAGAAUAGAGAGAAAUUGAAGGAAGAAGAAGCUUCACAGAGGUAUGAUGAUGAGGUCAGUGAGAGAGACGAGCAGCACCGUGAACCAACCGAGGAAGAGCUGCACAAGCAAAAGCAAAUUAGCGUUUUUAAGGAUAUCUUUGAUAGCAGUGAUGAUGAAGAUGAGAAAAUUGAGAUGAAGGAUGAAGAAGAGAAGGAACUGACUAUUAGAGAUAAUAGCGCUAUGAGCAGAUUCAGAGACUCUAGUUGGAGAAAGGAGAUCAUUGAAAUAAACAUCCCUGAAAGAAUUUAUAUCAGACUCAAGGAUAGACUCAAACCAUCAGACCAAGAGCUUGAGCUUGAAGCUGCUUGGAUUUACAAGUACAAGAAACACUGGAAGGGCAACAGUGUAGGUGAAGAAAGGAUGGUACUGAAAAUCAACGAAGUACUUUCACAUUUUAGAAAGAAUCACUUUGAUAUCCCCUUCAUUGCCACAUACAGAUAUUACCUCUUCCAACAUGAACUUCAGAGAAGCGAUUUCUACGAUAUCUAUGAGAUGGAUCUCGAGUGGGACAAUUUCAUCAAAACUAAAAAGAGUCUUAUCAAAAAGGUGAAGCAAGUUAUUGAUAAGAUCCCAGGCAAGCAAGAACUUGAAAUCUGUGUAGAGAACUGUAUGACUACUUAUGACCUCCAUGAUGUAAACCUCUACCUCACUUUCUGAAAGAACUUCAUACCUGAGUUCAGAGAAGAGAUGUCUAGAAUGAGAGAUGCAAAGAGAAAGUCGUACUUAAAGAUGGCUGAGAAUGAUAUUGACAAAUUUGCACGAGAAAUCUCAAUGCCUCCACAUGAAUUCGCACAGAAUCUGAAAGUUCAGAAUUGAGUCAACAAAGUGCCUAGAAGGUCUGAGAAGCCAUCAGAAUUAGCAAAAAGGUAUAUUUGUGAAACAUACUCAAAUGUGCUGGAAGUUCUUGUCCUAGCUUGUACUCUGAUAGGUGAUGAGAUGGCUGCACAUCCAAGUAUUAGAAAGUUUGUCAGAGAUCGAUAUAUGCAAGGGCUUAGAAUUUCAACUGAACCAACUGAAAAAGGCGAGUCUGAAUUAGAUUGCUUCCAUCCUGACUAUAAAAUAAAAAGACUAAAAAUUGUCCCGAUUGAUAAGUUCAAAGAUGAUACUUGGCUCAGAAUCCAAAGGGCAAAGGAAAGAGGGCUUAUUGAGAUAAUCUAUGAGCAUGAGAGAAUCCUUAUCGACACCAUUGACUUCAUGAAGAACUACUAUCUAGAAUCUGACCCAACAGACAGGAAUGAGAAAGAAUGGAGGACAUUUUAUAAUGAAAUUAUUGAGAGAGUCGUUCUUAAACUUCUCCUACCUGACCUAGAGAAAAGAGCAGACCAAGAACUUAGAGAAAACGCAAUCGAGUUCGUGAUUUCAAAGGUCAAGGAGAAUUUUAUGAAGGAGUAUUUGAUGAUUCCUCCAUAUCUAUUCCAAAAGAAGGCAUGCCAUAUGAUAUCGAUCAUUUAUGAAAAUAUUGGAAAGCCUGUUCUCACUGCAGUUCACGUCAACGAAUUUGGAGAUUAUAGAAAUCACCAUGCUUUCAGCUAUCUGAUGCUCCCAUAUGCAGAGAAGAAUGCUCCAGAAUCUUACGAAGCUGAUAUCAAGAAACUGAAAGAUUUUAUCUGGGAGAGUAAAGUUGGACUUAUAAUCGUUCCAGCUCAUGGUCCUGAAUCUAGAAACCUCAAAAAGCUCAUUAAGGAGAGAAUUAUUGACGAUAGCAAUACAAUUGCUCAGAUGGGUCACGAGCCAUGGAUCUCUUAUGGAAAAAUGGAUGCUCCAUAUAUGGCUACUCAAUCACCAAAUUAUGACCAAGAUCUUAAAAACUAUCCCAUUGAAGUGAAGCAGGGAGUUUCUUUGGCUAGAUUUAAGCAAUCUCCUUUGAACGAAACUCUUAGAUUAUGGAGUGAGAUGGAAGGAGAGAACAUGCAGCUGCUAAACCUGCACUUCCACGAGUUCCAAGACGCUAUUCCAAAGAGCAGAAUGAUUGAUGUGCUUAGAAACACAGCUGUUCUCUCUGUAAACAACAUUGGAGUGGAUCUCUACCAUACAGUCAUGAACAAUAACUUGCAAUUCUGAGUUCCAUUCCUCUCAGGAUUAGGUGAGAUCAAGGGAGCUGAGUUUUUGAGGAAGUUCUUAGUUAACGAAGAGAAUAUUUCCUUCAGAACUUCGACAAUUGUGCUUCCCCCUCAUGUCCAUUACAACGUUGUUGGAUUCACUAAUGCUUCUAAAUUCAAGAAGGUGAAGGGAAGAAUGGAUCAUAAAGCCCUUGACUGCACGAGGAUUCAUCCUGAGUUCUACUCUAUCGCUACCAAGAUUGCAAAAACUGCCUUGGAUGAUGAUGAAAUAUCAGGUGAAAAUUCAGUAAAGGCUAUCCUAAAAGAUCCUUCAAAAUUGAGACAACUUGAUCUUGAGCAAUUUAGUCAAAGAUGUGAGUCUAUGUUUGGGAAGGAUUAUAAGAGUAUUUUCUACUUCAUCAGAGACGAACUUGAGAGUCCUUUCAGAGACAUCAGAGGAGAGUACUCUGAGUAUGAGAAUAAGAUCAUCAACCAAGAUACUAAUAUCUUCUUCAUGCUCACUGGUGAGAAUAGAGACAACUUCUAUGAAGGCUUAUUCGUUCCCUGCAUGAUUACAAGGCAGAUUAAAGAGGAUGUAGUCGCUUGUAGAAGUCUGACCAAGAGUAAUUGGACUGCCUUCCUCCACAAAGAUAAUGCGCACAGAAAGCUUCAUAACUUGAUGAAUCCAGGAUAUGUAAUCACUGGAAGAAUUUUGAAGAUCGAGUAUGAUAGACUAUCAGUUUCUAUUUCUGCAAUGGAGGAGAAUGUCACUGAGAAAGAGAUGCAAGAGAGAAUUCCUCAGAUUUUCAGACCUCAUUUUAAAGUAGAUGUCAUCAAAGAUGCCCCAAUGAAGAUUGUGACUGAGUCUACUGAAAGAUAUGGACCUGGAAAUAAGUACAAGAUGAGAACUUUUAAGAACUGCCCAAAUUUCCAAAAUAUCACAGUUGGACAAGCAAUUGCUAAGUUAAAAAGAGAAGAUGGAGACUUUGUGUUCAGACCUAGCCCUAGAGGAGAAAGAUGGCUAAAUCUCUCUGUUAAAAUUUAUGGGAAUCAUAUUGUUCAUAUUGAAAUCAAUGAGGAGAAAGUCGAUGAGCACACUAGCAAGUUCCAUAUCGGAGACCAAGAGUUCCAAGACCUCAAAGAGGUUGAGAUUAAAUUCAUCAGAGAAUUGAAAAAGAGAGCUUCAAAUCUUAUUGCUUCACCUAAAUUUUUGAAGUUGGAGAAGGAGAUCGAGUUUGAGAAUUACCUCAAGAAGCAGAAGAAAGCAGCACCAAGAUCUAUCCCCUAUGGAUUUGUGCUUCUUCCUGAGUAUCCUCAACAUGCAGUUCUUGGCUAUAUUCCAAGCUCCAAUUUCGAUAAAGUUAGGAAAGAGUUUCUGAAAAUUAAAGCGAAUGGAUUUUUCUUCCACGACAAGGUCAUGCCAACUAUUGAAGAGCUAGUUAUUUACUUUAAGAAGAAUUUCCAGUCUAAAGCUUACAGAAAAUAUGUUGAAAGUAAGAAAAGGAAGGCUCCUGGUGUAAGAGUUGUCAGAGACAUUGAACAAGAACCUUCAGAUCCUCACCAGCCUGCUCCACAGAGAGCUCCUAGACAAGUAUCUGAGUGGGAGGGAGACACAGGUGUUGAUCAAACCCCUUUCCCUGCUAAGACUAAUUAUGUUGGAGAUGUGCCGCAGUCAGACUGGAACAUGAGUAGUCACCAUGGAGCUCAAUUCUCUACACAUGAGAAUCCAGACACAGAUGGAUGGGGCGAUGAACCUGUCAAGAAGGAAGCUCCUAUUAAGAAAGAAACUGGCUGGGGCAACGACAAUGAUGAUGGUGGCUGGGGAGGCAGCGGUGGAGGAGGCUCCUUCGGCCAAUCCUCUGGCAGAGGCGACAGAGGUGGCUUCAGAGGUAGAGGAAGAGGAAGAUUUAGAGACAGGGACGAUAAUGACGGAGGCUUCAGAGGUGGAAGAUUUAGAGACAGGGACGAUAAUGACGGAGGCUUCAGAGGUGGAAGAGGAAGAGGCGGUGGAGGAGGAGAUAGGUCCUGCUUCAACUGUGGUGAACCAGGCCACUUCGCUAGAGAAUGCCCUAACAAAGACUCUAAUGAUGAUAGAAGAGGUGGAAGAGGAGGCAGAUUUGGAAGAGGAAGAGGCGGAAGAAGAAAUGAUUAUGACAAUGAUAAUGGUGGAGGCUCUUGGGGCGGAAACACUAAAGAAGAGAGCAAAGAUGGCUUCGGAGGAGAUAACCAAGGAAGUUCAUGGGGAGCCCCAGGAGGAGGAUCAGCAUGGGGUAAUGAUAAGAAAGAGUCUUCUUCAUGGGGAGCAAAUAACAAUAAUGAUAAUGGUGGAGGCUCUUCUUGGGGAGCAAAUAAGGACAACGAUAAUGGAGGAGGCUCUAGCUGGGGGAAUAAAGGAGGCCAAGUCUCGUUUGGGGGUAAUGCCAACGAAGGAGGAUCAUCCUGGGGAAACAACGACAAAGAAGGCAAAGGAUCAUCCUGGGACAAAAACAAAAAAGAGGAUAAAGGAUCAUCCUGGGGAAAUAACGACAAUGGAGGAUCUUCAUGGGGCAACAAUGACAAGAAAGAGUCAGAAGAAAAGUCAGGGUGGUAAAUCCUAUGAGCAUUAAAAGUAGCACUCC